UCCGGGCCGGCGCGGCGGGGCGAUGCCGGGCGAGGCGGUGACCCUGCAGCUCGGGCACUACGCGGGCUGCGUGGGCGCGCACUGGUGGGGGCUGCAGGCCGCCGCGCUGCGCGGCCCUACCGAGCUCCGCCCCAGCACGCUGCUCCGCGCCGAGCGGGAGCCGGGCGGGCGGGAGACGCACACCCCGCGCCUCGUGGCGCUGGAGCUGAAAGGCGGCGUGGGCGCGCUGAGGCUCAGCGGUGCGGACGCGGAGGCGCCGGUAAGCUGGGAUGGGGAGGUCGCCACCUACCUGGACUGCGAUUCGGGUGGGAGCUCCGCGCCGCGGGACGCCCGGAGCCGGACGGGAGAUGCUGCCGGUGGUGGGAAGCGGAGCUCCAGCGCGGCCGCCCCAGGCACUUCUGCAGCCUCUUCCCAGCUUGGUGGUUCCCAGGACCUUCCCUCUGGCAGCAGGGUGCAGCUCUGGUCUGAUUACCUCAGCGUCCCCCUGCACCCCAAGAGCCUCUAUGUGCUCCGGCAGUACCUGCACGAGGGGGACUGUGGCUGUCUGGAAGCCUUUGGAGAAGGUGAAAGCCUCCUGCAGGACCCUGGCUGUGCAGAGGAGCUGGAGGAUCGGCUGCACUUCUAUGCUGAGGAGUGUGAUCAGCUGCAGGGUUUUCAGGUCCUCUGUGACCUCCACAAUGGAUUCUCUGGAGUUGGAGCCAAGGUGACAGAGCUGCUCCACGAUGAGUACUCAGGCAAAGGAAUCCUGACCUGGGGCUUGACUCCAGUCAUGAGUGAUGGAGGAGACCUUCAGAAGAAUUUGUACAGACUGAUGAACACAGCCCUGGGGAUUGUUCACCUCUCCACUCACAGCUCCCUCUUUUGCCCCCUCUCGCUCAGGGGCAGCCUGGGACUCAGGCCCCGACCUCCUGUCAGCUUCCCCUACAUAAACUGUGAGGCAUCACUGAACUACCACAGCAGUGCAGUGCUGGCAGCAGCCCUGGACACCCUCACAGCUCCCUACCGGCUCUGCUCCUCUCAGGGCUCCAUGCUGCACCUCGCUGAGUCGCUCAACUUCUCUGGCAGAAAGGUGGUGGCUGCCUGGGCUGCUGUCCCCUUCCCUGCCCUACCUGGCUGCUCCCUGGCAGAUACUUUGUCUGCCUACCAGCAGGCUGUGCCCUGGAAGCUUCUCUCUUCCUGGAGGGAGCAGAGGGUCAGCUGCUGCUUUGCUCAGUCUGUUGUGCUGCGAGGGAUUGGCAAAGCGAGCAGCAGCCCCUGCCCAGCCAAGCAGCCUCUGUCUGCACUGCACAGCUGGGGGAGCACCCAGCAGGUUCUGCAGCACUACCUGCACACCAUCUUCCCUGGGGCCUUCAGCACAGCCCACGUGCUCCAGCAGCCCUGCAGCACUCUGCCUCCAUACCCCCAGUUUUUUUCUCCUCUUCUGACCAAAGAAGGCUUCCUCCAGGACAAAGCUCCCAGUUACCCCUCAGCAGCUGUUGAGAGUGUUCCUGUCCUGGCAGCCCUGCAGUCUUCCCCUGUGCUGCAGGCCCUGCUCCGCAGCCUGCACAGGGACCUGCAGCAGCUGGACGUGCGGCGCUGCCCCAGCUUCUUCUCUGCUGGGGUGGAGCAGGAGGACUUCCAGGUGGCCUUAGAGGAGCUGAGGACUCUCUCCCAGUGCUACGAGACAGGGCUGGGAGCAGAGGACUCUGAAGAUGAAGCAGAUUCUGACUAACUCACCUUUACUGCCAGAGAGAGCAGAAGAAAGAUCCUCAGAGUGGCUUUGGAACCGCAGGGGAAGGCUUUGGAGGUGGCUCAGCUGCUCCUCUGCUCUGCCUCUCAGCACAGCCCUGCUGCCAAGCCUGGCUGAAGCUGUCCAGGUGGUGCUGGAGAAGCUGCUUGGGGGGGGGGGGGGGGGGCUGGUUUUGUAUGUUGAACAAACA